AUGCGUUUUGGAGACUUCGCAGAAGCAGCCGAAAAGAAAGAAUUCAUAUACGUAACGGUAACUGAACGAAUCAUUCAGGUGGUCACUCGAUUUGUUCCGGCUGUUUCGUUAUUACCGUCAAAUCCCAUGCAUCCAACCCCGACGUUACCACCAAAAACCCCAGAAACUCAACAUCCAAUUUCCACUAAGAUCUACAUAGUAUCAACAUCUGAUUCUCUUCCUUUAUCACCCGAACCUCCUACUUUAUCAUCUACACCUCUCCCUUUGUCAACUACUCCCAUUACUAUUGCUUCGUCAUCAGUCGGCCCUGUCAAGACACCAAUCAGACCACAACAAAAGCCUAGAGUCCAAUCGCAUUCAAAAUCUAUUCCUAAAACUAUCACAAGUUCUAAAAGUGUAUCCACUCCGACCAGGGUUUUAUCAACUACCUCUACGCGCAAAAGUUCCAAUUCUAGUGUUGAAUCAAUUUCAUUUUGGUAUCCGGAUGAGCUAGGAUGGCAACAUUCCGCACCAAGGAUGAUUAUUAAGAAGGAACCUGAAUUUCAAACUUUUCAUAGGUGGUUGGUUUCGGAAACUGAAGUGGGUAACAUUAGCCGUCAGGAAGCUGUCAGCAUGAUACCGCCUCUACUCCUAGAUGUCAAGCCAGAUCAUUGGGUACUCGACAUGUGUGCAGCUCCUGGAUCAAAGACUACGCAAAUAAUUGAGGCAAUACACGCGAACGACGCGCAAGACACUGUUAUUCCUUCUGGCAUCGUAAUCGCAAAUGACGCUGAUCCUAGACGAAGUUAUACGCUCGUUCAUCAGGCAAAAAGAUUAAGAAGUCCCUGUUUACUGGUCACGAAUCACGACGCAGCACAAUUUCCUGGUAUUUACGUGAAACAAGGUACAGAUGAUGUAUUAAGACCAAUACAAUUUGAUCGUAUCUUAGUUGACGUUCCAUGCAGUGGUGAUGGAACUUUAAGAAAGAAUUAUUUGGUUUGGAAAGAUUGGAAUAUUGGAAGAGCCAUUGGCAUUCAUUAUACUCAAGUGAAAAUAUUACUUCGAGGUGCUCAACUUGUUAAAGAUAAUGGUCGCAUUGUGUAUUCUACAUGCUCAAUGAAUCCUCUAGAAAAUGAAGCAGUGGUAGCUGAAGUUUUGAGAAGAUGUAGAGGAAAUUUGCAACUCGUAGAUGUUUCUGAUCAAUUGCCACAGUUGAUUAGAGCACCAGGAUUAACAACGUGGAAGGUAAUGAGCAAGGAAAAUGUGUGGGUCGACAGCCUAGAGGAUAUUAAUCCGAAAUAUAGAAAGAAAUAUGAGAGAUCGCUCUGGCCACCUUCAAAUGCAAAUGACCUGAAUUUAGAAAAAUGCAUGCGGAUAUAUCCUCAUUUUCAAGACACUGGUGGUUUUUUCAUUGCCGUACUACAAAAGACUGGCCCAAUAACCGACAUUAGCUCUGUCAAUGAUCUACAAUCCUUUAGUAAGGAGGAUCACAAUAAUGACGAAGAAACAGUUGAUGCGUCAAGUGAACUUGAUACUGAAAUCAUUAACGACGAUGCUAUUGUCGAUGAUGACUCAAGUGAGAAUUUUGAAGAUAGAGAAAGCGAUGUCAUAGAGUCCGCUCAUAAAAAAAGGUCAAAUUCCGGUUCUUCUGAAGACGAGUUGCGCAAACGUACAAAGACUGAAGAACUCAAUGAUAUAAAAGAUGAUCGGUCACCUUCACAAAGACGGGGGGGCGAAGAGCCAUUUCUCUUCUUGGAGCCUGAUAAUCAGGAUAUACCUAUAAUCAGAGAAUACUAUGGACUGUCUGAAGAAUUUCCAAUCGGCCAAUUGCUUGUUCGAUCAACAAACGAGAAGAAUAAGACAAUAUAUCUGGUAUCUGAAGCUGUCAAGCGUGUAUUGGAAGCAUCCGAUAGCAAAAGAUUGAAGAUAAUAAAUACUGGCAUAAGAGCAUUCACGCGACAAGAAGCUAACGAAGCGAUAAAAUGUGAUUUUCGAUUUAAUGCUGAGGGAUUGUCGACCAUUCAUCCCUUUAUAUCCGACAAGAGGGUUGUUGAGUUUGAAUUGGAGGAUCUCCGAAUAUUGUUAUCAGAACCCACGCCACUCAUAGAACGAUUUUGUGAAAGAAUCAAAGAAAAGUUGAAAAACUUGGGUAAAUUUAGUUUGGAAUGUUUACAGAUGUGUGCUUUGGAAAUUCUAAUAACACUAAAUUUUGAAAUUAUAGAUAUCGGAUGUAUCGUGGCAUUUAUAAAAUCAGAUAAAGAACAUGAUGCAAUCGCAUUACCCGUUUGGCGAGCUACGGCAUCUUUAAAUCUAUUAUAUCGAAAGGAGGAAAGAAAGUCUUUGGAACAUAGAAUUCUUAAUUACAUUCUGAAACUAGAGGAAAAACAAGACGAAAAAUAA